AUGACAAUCCAACCCCCCAAAAUCCAAACCUACCACUGCAUAUGCACAACCCUCCUACUCUCAACAACCCACACGCUCUCCGCACUCCCCCGGCGCACAGCAGACUCCUCCAUAAUCCUCCCUUUACCAUCCUCUCCACCGACACAAUCCCAAUCCGCUUCCUCACCCAACCCUUCACCCAACACUUCUCCCUCAAAAGAUCUCCCGUCAUCAGGCUACACAAUCCUACUCUCCCUGACCCCCGAAUCUAAACCAACCCUGAUCCGACGCGAAGACGGGUUCGAGAAGAGGAAUUUAUACCGAUGUUCGCGGUGUAGAGUGGUGGUUGGAUAUGGGAUUGCGAAUGCGGAGGGAGGGAUGGAGGAUACGAUGGAAGUUGAUGGGGAACAGGGAGGUGGUGAAGGGGGAGAGUAUGAGGGUAAGGUGAUUUAUAUACUGAAUGGCGGGGUACAAAGUACCGAAGUUAUGAUGAAAGGACGGAAGAUCAGGGAGGAAGACGUAGAAAUAGGGAAGAACGGGGUGGGAGUUUUUGAGUAA